UGCCUGUUUUUUUCCAUUCAUGAAGGUUUUCGGUGAGCGCAGUCUUACUGAUUUGCACGUAAACUGGAAGACACUAAUCAAUCGGAACAAACUUCGCCGUGAUAUUGAUCGGAUAUUUUCGUAAAGAAAAACCUUUUGGAGUCUUUAUUUUCAAAUGGCACCUCGAAGAUCUUUACCUCACUUAUCCCUGAGACGGCGUUUGUUUCAUGCACUGCCACGACAAAUAGGACUGCUUAUGUUGCUGCUUCACAUUGUUAAAAUGGUAGAUGGGCAAAUUCGUUAUUCUAUUCCAGAAGAGAUGAAGAAAGGCUCCGUCAUUGGUAAUGUGGCGCAAGAUCUGGGUUUGGAUCUGAGAAGGCUCCGCUCUGGGCGAGCCCGUAUCGUGACUGCAGAAAACGUCCAUUACGCCGAGCUGAAGACAGACAAAGGGAUUCUCGUCGUACACGAGAGAAUAGACCGAGAGCAGCUUUGUGGAGACAUAACACCGUGCAGUUUCAGCUUUGAAGUGAUUUUAGAAAAUCCGAUGGAAUUGCACCGAAUAACUGUCGAGGUUUUGGAUAUAAACGAUCACGCUCCUGUCUUCCAAAACAAAGACAACCCUAUCCGUUUGGAAAUAAGUGAAUCGGCGGCUGUCGGGGUACUGUUUCCACUGCAGAGUGCGGAGGAUCUUGAUGUGGGACAGAACGCGUUGCAGAAUUAUGUUUUGUCGCCAAACGACAAUUUUAUUUUGAAGCAACAUGCAAAUCCAGACGGAAGUAAAUAUGUUGAAAUGGUGCUUCAGAAGCCUUUAGAUAGAGAACAACAUGCCCGUUUGUCUUUGAAAUUAAUAGCAGUGGACGGAGGAACACCACAGAGAUCUGGUACAAUUAAUAUAGAUGUUACUGUACUAGAUGCCAAUGACAAUGUUCCAGUUUUUAAUCAGUCAGUGUAUAAAGCGUCUGUGAUGGAAAGCACAAUCAAAGGCACCCAUAUACUAACCGUAAAUGCCACAGAUGCUGACGGUGGUUCAAAUGGAGUUGUCUUUUACAGUUUGUCUCGGAUGAAAGGAAGUAGAGCAGAUAUUUUCAAUAUUGAUGAACACAAGGGCACGAUUUCUGUUUCUGGAGAAAUAGAUUACGAGAAAGACAGAAAAUAUGAGGUAAGAGUCGAGGCAAAAGAUCAGGGUGGUUUGACUGGGACAAGUAAGGUUAUAUUCGAGGUCAUUGAUGUGAAUGACAACGCCCCAGUUAUAAAUAUUAUGUCGUUUUUGAGCCCGGUAUCUGAGGAUGCACCCCCUGGAACAACCGUGGCUAUUUUGAAUAUUAAAGAUGCAGACUCUGAGAAAAAUGGGCGAAUAAAAUGUUCAAUUGACGAUAAUCUCCCUUUUAAAAUCGAGUCAUCUUUAACGAACUACUAUAAUUUAAUCUCAGAUCAAAACUUUGAUCGAGAAUCCGUGUCAGAAUAUAACAUAACAAUAACAGCUAUGGAUUUUGGGUCUCCUCCCCUUUUGAGCUCAACAAAAUUACAUUUGAAAAUAUCUGACGUAAAUGACAAUGCACCCCUAUUUGACAAAAACGGCUACUCCGCUCAAAUCACAGAGAAUAAUUCUCCUGGAGCUUCGAUAUUUGCUGUCUGUGCGAGAGACUCUGACUGGAAUCAAAACGCCAGAAUCUCGUAUCUUCUAGAAGAUAGUCAGGUUAAUGGAAGCCCAGUCUCUUCUUACGUGUCCUUAAACUCUGAAACUGGAGUUCUUAGUGCGGUUCGCCCCUUCGAUUAUGAGCAAAUGAAACAGAUUGAGUUGGUGGUCAAAGCUCAGGAUGGAGGUUCUCCUCCACUCAGCAGUAAUGUGACUGUAAAAAUACUGAUCCAGGACCAGAACGACAACCCUCCACAGGUUCUGUACCCAGUCCAGACUGGUGGCUCUGUGGUGGGUGAGAUGGUGCCUCGUUCAGCAGAUGUGGGCUAUCUGGUCUCUAAAGUGGUGGCUGUUGAUGUGGACUCUGGACAGAAUGCCUGGCUCUCCUAUAAACUCCAGAAAGCCACAGACAGGGCGCUGUUUGAAGUGGGCUUACAGAAUGGAGAAAUAAGAACUAUUCGCCAAGUGACUGAUAAAGAUCCUGUCAACCAAAAACUGACUGUAAUGGUGGAGGACAACGGGCAGCCCUCUCGUUCAGUUACAGUCAUUGUUAACGUGGCGGUGGCGGACAGCUUCUCUGAAGUGAUGUCGGAGUUCACUGACUUUAAACAGGACAAGGAGUACAAUGACAACCUGACUCUUUACUUAGUGUUGGCUCUGGCUGUAGUUUCCUUCCUCUUCAUCACGUGUUUAGUGGUUAUUAUCUCAGUGAAAAUCUACAGAUGGAGACAGUCUCGCGUCCUGUAUCACUCCAAUCUCCCUGUGAUUCCAUAUUAUCCACCACGUUACUCAGACACUUUGGGUGGGACAGGGACUCUCCAACACGUGUACAAUUACGAAGUGUGCAGGACGACUGACUCCAGAAAGAGUGACUGUAAGUUCGGCAGAGCUGGUAGUCAGAACGUGCUGAUCAUGGACCCCAGUUCUACAGGGACGAUGCAGCGGAUACAGAGUGAAAAGAGCAUCCUGGAUGAACCAGACUCUCCUAUAGAGGUUAGUUAAGUGAUGUACUCUCGACUCAUGACUGUGAUUUUGGUUUUGAUUGUAAAUUACUUCACAUCAUGGUCUCAUUUUCAAAACCACGGACAGUGUUUAACUUUGCAUCGCUUACUGAGAUUGUUUUCUCCGUAGAUACAUUUACAUAUUAAUUGUUGCUUAACGUGGGAUUUGUACUUCUGUUUUUGAUUUGU